AUGCCUCCAGCAACCGCUGCCCAAGAUGAAGCUCAUCAGCAGCUCUUGAAUAGCCUGGACAUCUCACAUGUCCCCAAGCCCUUCCGCAAUCCUCACUGGAAACCCUCCCAGCGGCGCAAUAAGAACCUCAAACAGAUCAUCUCCGAGGCCUCCCGGAAGGAAGCCUCAGUCAUGGCAACGCAAGCCAAUUCAGGCGCAACCACACCGGGUGGUACCUCAGGAAUUGUGACCGAUGGCACACGAACCCCCGCCGAAGGGGCUGCGCCCAACCUGUCCCAGGCCACCCAAAACCUGUCAACCCUCGUCUUGGAGAAGAAUGCCCGCGCGACAUUCUCUACUGGGCCAGCCGUCACUUAUACAAACAUCGAAUCUGCGCCAUCAUUUAAUCCCGCCUACAAGCAUCACUACUGCGACAUCACGGGCCUGAACGGACCCUACACCGAUCCUAAGACCCGCCUGCGCUAUCACGACAAGGAGAUCUUCAAAGUGAUCCGGACUCUCGCACAGGGAGUGCCUGAGAACUACCUAGAGGCUCGCGGUGCGCAUACUAUCUUGAAGUAA